AUGGAAUUCUGGAACUCCACCUUGGGAAGUGGCUUCAUCUUGGUGGGGAUUCUGGAUGGCAGUGGCUAUCCUGAACUGCUAUGUGCUGCAAUCACAGCCUUGUACUUUUUGGCACUGACCAGCAAUGGUCUGCUGCUCUUAGUCAUCAUGAUGGAUGCCCGGCUCCAUGUGCCCAUGUACCUCCUCCUUGGACAGCUCUCUCUCAUGGAUCUCCUCCUGACAUCAGUUAUCACUCCUAAGGCUGUCAUUGAUUUUCUACUCAAAGACAAUACCAUCUCCUUUGGGGGCUGUGCUCUUCAGAUGUUUCUAGAACUAGUACUGGGCAGUGCAGAGGACCUCCUUCUGGCCUUCAUGGCCUACGACAGGUAUGUGGCCAUUUGUCAACCUCUGAACUACACAAUCUUGAUGAGUCACAAGGUCUGCUGGCUCAUGAUAGCCAUGUCAUGGAUCCUGGCAUCUCUCAGUGCUCUAGGAUAUAGCAUCUACACCAUGCAGUAUUCCUUUUGCAAAUCUCGGCUGGUCAACCACCUGUUCUGUGAGAUCCCUCCCCUGCUAAAGCUGGCCUGUGCAGAUACCUCCAGAUAUGAACUCAUGGUUUAUUUGAUGGGCGUGACAGUGCUCAUUCUCCCUCUUACUGCCAUCCUGGCCUCCUAUUCACUAAUACUGUUCACUGUGCUCAAUAUGCCCUCAAAUGAGGGCAGGAAGAAAGCCCUUGUCACCUGCUCUUCCCAUCUGACUGUGGUUGGGAUGUGGUAUGGUGGUGCUUCCUUCAUGUAUGUUCUUCCCAGACCCUUCCAUAGCCCCAAACAAGACAAUAUCAGCUCGGUUUUCUACACAAUUGUCACACCAGCUCUGAAUCCUCUCAUCUACAGUCUGAGGAAUAAAGAGGUCACUGGGGCUUUGAAGAGAGUCCUGGGAAAAUGA